AUAGACAGCAGCGAUCCGCCGUGGCCAUGCCUUCGUAAGUCUCUUUAAUUCACCUCCAGCACAGCAGAUCUUUCAACUCCGACGCCCUUCAUCUUCACACACCAUUUCUCCAGCUGUUUGGGGUUAGUUCGGCGUGUUGAAGUGUUAUUAAAAGUAUGUACCGGUCUCUGUACGCCUUCCGAUCCGCGGAGCCCAACUCGCUUCACUUCGCGGCCGGAGAAAGCUUCUUAAUCCUGGAGAGGAGUAACAAACACUGGUGGCUGGGGUCCCGCUGCAGCUCGGGAGAAACCGGCUACAUCCCCGCCUCAUACAUCGAAAAGAUACAGGCUCCGGAGCAGGAUGAGGUGUUGCAGUCUAUUGACAGAGCAAUCGAAGGCAUCCACAAUGUGGCCUUAAAAAACGGGGGCAAAUACAAUCUGGAGCAGCGAGAUGUUCUGCAAAAGCUGAUCCAUCACAGGAAGGAGACCCUUGCACGACGGAGUUCCUCCUCCUCCAGUCAUAAACAAGGCCUCCCAUCUUCCAGCAGUGAAAUAUCUCUCAGUCAAACUCCUCCUCCACCCAAUGGCCUUAACCGAGACUAUGGACGACAGGCAAGCGUGCCAUUGUCAGGAAGCAUGGACAAUAUGCAAGGAGAACAGGGCUUCUACCAGGUGCCUCCUCAGCCUCGCCGUGCUGCUCCGAUCACCCCUCCUCCCCCUGAGAAGCAGAGAAACAGCCGGCGUCCAGCAGAGCCGGAGGUCCCCUCCAGAGUGUCCUCUCUUCCUCCGUCCCCUGCUCCCUCUCUCUCAAUCAGCACCACCUCCUUAGAGUCAGGCUCCUCCCACUCUCUGGUCUCCUCUGAUGUCAGUUUGCCAAGUGUUUCCAGCACCCCCCCUCCUCCUGUGCCAUCCCGUGUGAAGCCCACUGCGCCGCCUCCAGACGUUUUGCCCUCUGACUCUCCUCCUCAGCCAGCUCCUGCAAAGAAAAGCCCGGCGCCGCCACCUCCCCAGCCCACUCCCCCUUUGCAGCCCAUUGUAGAGAACCAGCCAGAAAGUGAAUGGCCUGUUGCCCCCCCGUCUGUCGCUGAAAGCCCUCCUGGCAGCCCCACUACCUCUGAACCGGUUCCCAUGACUAUUGGAGCUGAGCUGAUCGAGCUGGUACGGAAGAACACGGGCUUGAGUUACGAGCUGUCGCGGGUCGCUGUCGGCGUGGUGGUCGGCCAUCUCCAGACGGCUUUACCUCAAGCCUCCUCCGCUUUGGAGCAAGUUCUCGUCUCGCUGGUGGAGAGCAAGGAUCUGAGCGCAGCGCUGCCGCAGGGCCAGGUGUGUCAUGAUGAGCAGCGGCUGGAGGUGAUCUUCAACGACCUCGCCCGUCACCGGGACGAUUCCCAGCAGCGUAGCUGGGCGCUUCAUGAAGACCACGCCCUCAUCGCCUGCUUCCUUGAGGAAUUACUGAAGAUACUGACUGAUGCAGAUCCAGAAGUGUGUAAAAGGAUGUGCAAGGCCAACGAUUAUGAGAAUGUGCUCUCUCUGGUUUCAUAUUAUCAGAUGGAGCACCGUGUGUCUUUGCGGCUGCUGCUGCUCAAAGUGUUCGGGGCGAUGUGCAGCCUGGACGCUGCCCUCAUCUCCACCCUCCUCAACUCCAUCCUCCCCAUGGAGCUGGCCAGAGACCUACAGACAGACACACAAGAGCACCAGAAGAUGUGUUACACAGCUUUGGUGCUAACUAUGAUCUUUUCAAUGGGCGAACAGGUGCCAUAUCAUCACUAUGAACACUUGAAUGCUGACUUUGUUCAGUUUCUGCUGGGUGUGGUAGAGGACGGGCUUCCAUCUGAUCCCACAGAGCAGCUGCCUGACGCCUUCCUGAACCUCCUGCUGUCCUUCAACCUGCACCACACAACACCCAGCAACAAUGUGAUCAUGCAGGAGCUGAAGAAGAAAAAUGUCAAGUUCCUGUCAGAGAAAGUGCUGCUGCUUCUGAACAGAGGCGAUGACCCGGUGUGUAUGUUCAAACACACCCCACCUGCACCGCACUCAGUGCUCAAGUUUCUGCAGGAUGUUUUUGCCAGCACAGAGACGGCUGACAUCUUCUACCGCACUGACAUGAUGGUGAUGAUUGACAUCGCCGUCCGGCAAAUAUCUGACCUUUCACCUGGAGACAAGCUGCGGAUGGAGUAUCUCUCACUUAUGCACUCCAUAAUGCGCUCGACGGACUACCUCGAGCACCAGCACCGCCUCUCUGACCUGCAGGGGGCGCUGCAGAGGAUUCUCAGGGAGGAGGAAGAUCCUGGAGAGGACGAGGGGAGCGCCACGGCGAAACAGAUGGAUAAGCUAAUUGUACAGCAGAUCUACAAGGAGUUCCCACAGAUCUGUGAGAACCAGGACUAACCAUAUGAGUAGCAUGCUCGCACACUGUAGUCUGCUCCCGUCUACUGCAGGGAGGUACGAUAAAGCUUGAAAGAGGAAGAAAUGAUGUUUGAUGGGACGCCCUGUAUUCUGUGCCAGCCUGUCCUGAGAGAGGCAAACCAGUUUUGCCAAGGUUUUCUUGGACUCGUUGUCCGUGGCUGCGGCAUCCAUGUGAUGUUGAUUUCUGAAAGAUUUUGCUUUUUCCCCUCUCACAUGAGUUUUAUUUGAGUGGGAGUUUGUCUUUGGUGUGCUUCAAGAAGGGCAAAAUAUGACAAAUGUGCAAAAAAAAACCUGUGAGGUUUAGUCAUACUUGGAAAUUAAAAAUAGCCAAAAUCUCUCGGCCAAGCUUGAGAGCUUUUCCUCACAGUCAAUCCUUAGCAAUAAUCACCUUAAAAAUCAUACAUGAACUUACUGUACUCAAACGUAUUUUGAAAUUUAAAGUAACUGCAACUACGACUGAAACGUAUUCUAACCAAACAAACUUUAACCAAAUUAAUUUUAGAACAAAGUUUUGUGGUGAAAAGGCAGAGUUAAAACUAUGCUCAAAUAACAGUGCCACCAUAUGAACUGUUGUGAGAAUACUUUAUGUGCUUCCCUAACAGUGGGACCAAACUACUGUGUGUUACUGAGAGCAUUAUUUUCUUUAUAGAGUACAUUGUCCCUAAAACUGACCUCCUCGUUCAUUCACCCCUUCAUUCAUCAUGUUUGAAAUUAAAAUCAAGUUGAACAAGUGUACUAUCAUAGCAACAAAAAGCACACUCUGGCUCAUGUGUUAUCUCUACUAAGCUUUUAGCUGAGUAACUUGCUGCUACAUAUUGAAUCUCUCCUGUGGCGCCGUCUGCAGUUUUCUCAAUCUGGUACGAUUGUCUCUUUACUGCUUUUCAAACUCUUAAAGAUGAUCGCUCUGUACUUACAUAUGCGAAGCUCCUCAAGUGUCAGGAGUCAUUGACUGUUUACAGAUUAAUGUCGGUUGAACUGAAGGGUUUUUGUUCGUAUGCUGCAUUCACACCCAGCCUAACUGUGCUGCAAUAAGGCUUUUAAAAACUUAGCUGUAAAAUACUGAGUCUUGGCUGAUGUAAGGGAAAAGCAGUUUAAAUGAGUCAGUGUUGUUGAUUUCCAGUUAUUAUCUCAUGGUCCUACUGAAAAUCAAGAUGAGGGAGAGAGAAUACGGGGCAUUUCUUUUAUCUCCAUGUGGUCUUAUACUUUAACAGCAACAUUUACCUUUCCUUGUUUCUUCCCCAUGAUGUAGUGGUUGAUGUUGUUCUCCCAUCUUACACUUUAACUUAUCUUCUUGUCCCCGGCAUGGCUUCUCUUGUCUGGAAACAUGUCUCUGAGAACACAAUCCAGAAGUGAUAUCAGAUUUUUAGUUCAUGUCUGAGUACUCAUUCAUUCAGUGUUUGUGUGUCUGUUUACAGUGUGUGUGUGUGAGAGAGAGAGAGAGAUGAACGUCUCCUUUCCAUGAUUAACAUUGUCUGCAAAACUGCUACAACUGUGUUAUAAUAAAACUAAUAAAGUUAUAUUUUAACAGUG